CUACCCAAGCUUUGGUGCGUUCCAAAGGUUCUACGCUGGCUUUCCGACUUGAUUUACCAGAAUACGAAUCGUCUUCCUCCUGGAUUAUGGAUCUUUCAAUGGCUUCGAGCUUCGCUUGAGCUACUGCUUCCAAUUUCCAGGCUGCAAGAACUGCUAUAUCGUGUUCAUGUCGGGCUUGUGCUGCUGAUCUCUCUAGCACCUCUUGGGCUUCGCGUUGUUUUCGAUCUUUCUCCAUUUGAGCAAUUAAUCUGUCGUACUCCGCUUGCUCUUUCGCGGCAGCUGCUUCCGCCAUUGCUAUUCUUCUUUCUGGACCUUACGGAGGACGUGUUCGCGACUCUGCUUUUAUUAUUGUCAAGUUUCUUUCCUGCCUCUUGCGAAACGACCUCAGCUGCGUGUAGGAAACUUUCGAAGGCUUUUCUGAUGGUUGGUUCCACGUCGGUUGUUUCACCCCACUUGUCCUGUGCAAAGAGUUCUUCAAGACUUUUAACAGAAUUUACGAGCAUUCGUCUCUCUUUUUCGAGCGAGUCUAGGGCUUCCUUUAUCGCUGAAUUCUCCUCUAUCUCUUUGUAUACCAGGUCAAUCGCAACCCGUAAUACUUUCGUUUGUUUGUUAAAUGUUUUUGUCUGGUUUAUAAGCGUGUUCUGGAAACCUUUAUGUGUAAACGUUCUUGUACGCUUUUCUCCAUGUUCGGAAACGACUGGGCUAGAUAGGCUGUUUCCAUCAUAUUCCGCCAUUUUGUAAGUCCACGACUUCGUAGGAUAUGACCAGUGAAUCUCUCCGAAUAAACCAGAUUUUUCACUGUUGUGUCCCAGGGAGGGGAACAAAGUGUCAAUUAAGGAAUUGAACACGAAAUAAAAAAACAACUUUUAAUUCGUACAACCACGGUGAAAACUAUACAAAUAAACGGAACAAAUAUCGUACACAAAUUACAAAUAUUUAAACAAAUAAAUGGACAACUGACGAACAAAUACAACAGAAUACAUACAUCUAAGGCUUUACUCCACUCCAAAUGUUAUUUAAAUAAAUUGUGUUCCUCUCCAAAUAACUUGUUUACUCCAGCUCUAAGUUUACUCCAGCUCUAAGUUCAAAAAUUACUAAGUUUACUCCAGCUCUAAGUUCAAAUAUGGCCGCCAAAACAAAUGUGUCCGCGUUUUAUAUGCCCACAUGGAGACCUGGGCCGAGUUCAAUCUAAAGUUCUUACAUCAAGUACAUCACAACAAACAUUGAUUAAACAUUUAUUUAUUUUUAUUUAACCAUUUAUUUUUUUAUGAAUUAUUAAUGAGUAUUUUAAAUACAGAUUACUGUUUUUAUAUUGGCACUCUUUCUUUCAGACCAAGUGACCUUACUGAUGAUCCAAAGAUGAUAUAUGCAGUAUCAAGUUUGAGUAUUCGGCAGGUACUGUCUACCCUACUAAAUAAAUUGUCUUCGCAGAGUUAUGAUACAACAAUGGUUUCCAUUUGGGAAUAGUUGUGAAAAAAAUUCGAAAAUGGAAUAAAAAACACCAUGGUCCAUAUGAUAGCACAAUAUGGACCGAUGAACUAUCUAAAGAAUGUGUUUAUCUUGCCGCUUUUGAAUUACAGUACUCAAAGUUUUGCCCACAGACCAAAUGCCAAAUGUGUCAAUUUAUGUCAAGGAGUUAUUAUAACUGUUUUCUACUAAGUAACUAUUAUACAAUCAACUGAUUUGAACAUUUAGGAAAGCUUUAAACUAAUCGCAGAAUUUGUUUGAACACUAGGCCUCAAAAUUUCAAAAUACUUGAUAGUUGAUAACUGAAUGCAUGGUUUCUGUAUACUGCGUAUCAUAUUGUUAUUGAAAGACAUGUACUGAUGUAGUGAAUUUAAUCUCUGAAUCACCACCAGGCCUUAAAAUAUCUUUUAUAGGGCCGAUGAUAUCGAGUUUGGGUCGGACAUAUGUCCGAUGACCUUCAGUUCAGUUUUGACUCGGAAAUAAGUGACACAAAUGAAUAUCAGCACAAUGUAUUAAUUCUGAACGGUAAAUGUUGUGAAGAUAUUAAAUAAUUUGUUUGAUUGUUUCUUUCAUACUUAUUUCCAAGCCAAAAUUAACUUGCUUUCCAGAACAGACUAGAAAGAAUGUUAAAAAAGACUUCGACAACUUAAGCCUGUUUUCCACUUUACCAUUUCGCUCGUCGCCCCGCGCUCGACUACGUUAAAACAACAUUUCCAGUUCACCUUUUACACAAUAGUACUCCGAUUUUCCAUUUAACAUACAAGCCUCUAGUCCUGGGCUAGGGUACAUUUACGUUGGACAAACCUACAGUUCGGUCGGACACAAGUACACUUGGGUCGGACAGUUUCACUUUGGUCGGACAGAAUGUUCGGUGGUUUUCUCUCUACGUCGGACAAUUUCACGAAUGGGUCGGACAAUGUCCGUGACCGACCGAUAUUUUAAGGCCUGAUCACCAUUGACUACUGUCAAUGAAUAAAAUGGGGAUUUUGCCCCAUCACACUGUAGGAUGUCUUCAUUUUACCAUAAAUGUUGCUCAAAAGCAUAUCUUCUUCCACCUAGUCUUGGCACUGCAGCACCAUUAACUUAUAGAUUUUAUAUCAAUGGCAAUGUCUUGAGUUGGCGCUGCAAUUGCAGUGCGAAUAAGUUAUAGAUCAUAUGUUAAUGCCUUUAGUUGGCGCUGCAAUUGCAGUGCCAUUACGUUAUAGAUCAUAUGUCAAUGCCUUUAGUUGGCGCUGCAAUUGCAGUGUCAUUACGUUAUAGAUCAUAUGUCAAUGCCUUUAGUUGGCGCUGCAAUUGCAGCGCCAAUAAGUUAUAGAUUUUAUGCAAAUGCUUUCGAGUUGGCGCUGCAAUUGCAGUGCCAAUAAAUUAUAAAUUGGAUGUCAAUCCCUUGAGUUGGCGCUGCAAUUACAGUGUCAAUAUGUUAUAGAUUUUAUGUCAAUGCUUCGAGUUGGCGCUGCAAGUGCAGUGCCAAAAUUAAAAAAGUUAUAGAUUUUAUGUCAAUGCUUUGGGUGACUGUAAACUAUUUAUUUUGCAUUGUAUGUAAAUGUCAGGAUAGUGCUAAAACGACCAAUUUAUAUUGAAUCUAGUAACACUUUGUCAUUAUUGUCUAAAUUUGCCUUUUUGGCAUUAACGAAAGGCAUUUUGUGCAUUUGUUGACAAUAUUUAGAACUUUGAUCAAAUUUGGCAUGAAUUUUCCUAAAUAGAAUAUUUCACUUUGCUCUGGAACGUGUUCAGUGUGUUGACUUUUAACUGAUGAUGGUCAGCUAGCGUUGCCAGUUGCAUGCCGUAAAUUACAUUGAAAGAAUCAUUUUGAAAAUAUAACACCCUUGAAAGCCUAAUAUCGAUUGUGUCACACAUCAAUCAAAUGUUCUUACCUAUACUGCAGUACAUGUGAUAUGCAUGUUACACUCAUUUGUUUUGUUAAAUUUUUAUUAUUAUGACAUAUUUCUAUGACAUUAUCUAGUAUAUUUAGGAUAUUAUAGUUGUCCAUGCAAGCCACAAUUAUUUUAUUUGUUUUAGACUGUCGUUACAGACUGCUCUUUCGUUGCAUCAUUAGCCAUUUCUGCCGCGUACGAACGAAAAUUCCGUAAACGUGUAAUUACCAAGUAAGAUGCUUUUAAUUUUUUUUGAAGAAAUGAACGUGCUGGUUACAUUUUAAUAUAACACUUAUAUAUGAUGACUUUUAGGAUUAUAUAUCCACAAAACAGAAAUGGAGAGCCAGUCAUAAAUCCAUCUGGAAAGUACAUGAUAAAGUUGUGGGUGAAUGGUGUUUCUCGAAAGGUACAGUAUCUUAAUAAUUAAGAUAUGAAUAUAGUAUUUGCUCUAUUUACUUACAGUGUCCGUUAUUUACUUUAAAUUUAUAAGUAUAUAAGAUUGACAUUUCUGUUGUUAGGAAGAAAUAUUUUGGCUUAUAAUUUCAAGAAAUAACCGCAGCGAUUGUCUAUAGACAGCGAAAAUCGCCGGGUGCCGGCUGAUAAUAUUGGGAAACACAAAAAUAUUUUAGUUUUCAGCACAAGUAUGAUUGUGCAGCCUCUGCAUCGGAUUCGACUAUUUUACUGAUGACUCGACUUGACGUUCAUGUGCGGCAUCAACAAAACCCGGAUCGGAACGGAUUGGAACGGAUUGACAAAACCCGGAUCGGAACGGAUUGACAAAACCCGGAUCGGAACGGAUCAGUGGAACGGAUUGACAAAAAUUUGAAAUGACUUGUGUAAGUGUGGUUGCAUAUAGAAUAUUAAAGAUGAGACAAUUAAAACGCAAAACAAAGCCAUUUAAACGAGUUUGAAUUUAUUUGCGAUUGCAUGGGAUAUUUCAUCCCGUUUGACAGGGCUGAAAAUCUCAUCCUGGGUGACAUACACUAGGAUGAAAAUUUCAACCCGGGCUGAAAUUCAGCCCAGGUUGAAUUUUUUUCCAUGUAAUCGUAAAAUUCAUUUUAUAUUACCCCCGGCUCCUGUGUAAUCGGCCCUAUCUGGGACAAACAGCACACAUGUUAAAUUGAGUUGAUAUUCUUUACUUAGUACUGUACUGUAAUUUUGUGCCUGUAAUUUAAUAAAUCUCUGUAAAACAUCGUGGAAAAAUUCGACAGUUUUUUCGAAGACCUUAACAUUUCGAAAUCAUCUUUGCACAAUAUAUAAAAGAAAACAACAUGGUACAAACACCAGUAUAUACAUUCGUAAUAGUUUACCUGUUCUAGACAUUUAUAUUAUUACGGCUUCCUUGCAUUGAAAACACUCAAAUUUCAAGAAAAACGCGCUAAAAUUGUUUUAAGAAACGUUGGUUAUUUUGAAGUGCAUAUAAUAUUAAUAAAAAAACAUAUGUCAGCAGAAGAUGACAUAUUAUUCCUCGGGCUGGCAAGCAUCGCCAAUAGCCGACCCGGCGUAGAAAGUUACCUUAUGUGCACGAUAAGAACAAAAUACCGAUAACUAUGGGUAACCUUUUUAGGGGGGAGGGCUCUCUAGAGAAACGUCCAUAUGACUUUUUAUGGACAAAAUCGAUACUCUUCCCUAAAUACCCAACAUAUAAGCAAACAUACGGAUCAAAACAAAGGUCUUUAGUUUAAUCCGGGUUUUGCGGUCAAUCCGUUCCGAUCCGGAUUUUGUCAAUCCGUUCCGAUCCGGGUUUUGUCAAUCCGUUCCGAUCCGGGUUUUGUCAAUCCGUUCCGAUCCGGGUUUUGUUGAUGCCGGUUCACGUGGAUGUUACGGGCCUGCGUGAAUGCCUCGCCUUGCACUACUGUUUAAUUUGACAUUCUAGUUUUCUCGUAGGUUAUUAUUGAUGAUAAAUUACCAUUAGGUCAAGAUGGUCAACUGCUAUGUUCUUAUUCUAUGAACAGAAAUGAAAUGUGGGUCAGCCUUAUUGAAAAAGCGUAUCUCAAGGUAUAUGAAAAGAUUUCUUUGAGGUGGAAGCUCCUCGCUGUUUUUCUUAAAAAGUUCAAACGUGCGACUUUGAUCAGUUGCUUGUUGGAAAACAUAUCAGUGUAUUUUCUAUCAGAAACACUUCAGCCUGGUUCACACGAUGAAAUAAGCAUAAGCAUAAGCAAGCGGAACCUUCGAUGUAAGCAUAAGAAGAACGCAAAAUUUGUUCUUCUUAUGUUUAUGCUUACAUCAAAGGUUCCGCUGCUUGUGCUUAUGCUUAUUUCAUCGUGUGAACCAGGCUUUACAGUAUGUGCGGUUGUGUAGGGAAUAGCUCAAAGUGUAAAAUGUUUCUUCAGGUAAUGGGAGGCUAUGAUUUUCCAGGCUCAAAUUCAGUAAGUAAAUGAGUAUACCAUUUUAAUGUUGGGUACUAUAUAUAUUGCACAGUAUUUUCAAACCGUAACAUGAGCAUAAAUUGUCAAAGACACGACACCAUGUUUAGUCACCCAAUAUUUCGCUGUUGUGUUCACGUGCAACAAGGCGGUGAUAACCGAAUCUUGUAGUCUUAGCUGUAUUCACAGUAAAAUUUGAAGCUCUCGUUUUACCGGUUUACGGUUACACAGGAUUUUAGAGUUUGUUUCCGUACUGUGCAUGUAAGUCUAGUAAAUAUUCUGUUAACUACUUGUGUUGUUGCAGUACUGAUACAUAAUAUUUUGUACGUUGUAGAAUAUUGACCUUCAUGCAUUAACUGGAUGGAUCCCAGAAAGAGUUUCAAUAAAAUUAGAUAGUCCUGAUCUUAAUAUCAAUUCCCUAUUUGAUCGAAUUUUUGCUGGAUUGCAGAGAGGU